AUGGUCGGAUUUCUGGUCAGCACAGGGGUAUCCUUGAUGAUGAAUGGCAUGUGUUGUGCGUAUCAGAUGCAUGGGGAGAAGGAGCUCCGUCAAGCGAUGCGUUCCGACAUUCGAGAAGAGUGGCGGCAGCAACGAGAAAUCGAGGCCAACGCAAUCUCUCAAUUCGAAAAGGAGGCGGAGCGUCUUCGGUUUGAGUCUCUGGAACAACGCCACAUGCUUUUAGAAUUUCUCAAGCGACAGCAGCAAGGCGAAAAUGAAGAACGAAGCGAGCCUACUACUACUAUUGAUGCGUGUAGAAGUUCAUCGUCUUCUUCCUCUUCCUCCCGCCAACAACGGCGGGCAGCUUGCUGCAGCCAGAGCCGUGCAUCUUGUGCCCGAGAUCGACAAUCAAGAUCCGGGAAAUGGACACAACCAUCGCUGUUUGAUGACGACGGGGAGGAUUGGGAAGAAGAGGAGUCCAGUGACAACCCUCAGGAAGCCUGAACAGGAUCAUGUCGAAGAUCAUGGCAAAAACUGCUCUCUCACUCUGACUCGGAAGCGACACCACUUCAUAAUCCAUCGUUCAUAAUAACCAACCAACUAGCUAGCAACACAUUCAU